AUGAUCGGUAUGGAGCUUAGGGACAAGGUGACUGAAUACGUGAAGGAACGAAUUCUAUCUCUGAGGGCAGUUAACCCGGGCCAGUAUGAAAAUGUGUCUGUGGUUCGUACAAAUUCGAUGAAGUACAUUCCGAACUAUUUCGAGAAAGGACAGCUCAGCAAGAUGUUUUUUCUUUUCCCGGACCCUCAUUUCAAGGAGAAAAACCACCGACGGAGGGUUAUUAGCCCCCACUUGCUGGACGAAUACGCGUACGCGCUCAGAGUUGGUGGGGUUAUAUACACGAUAACUGAUGUGGAGGAGCUUGGGGACUGGAUGAGAGCUUGUUUGGAGGGUCACCCGUUGUUCGAGGAAGUCUCGGAGGAUGAGCUUUUGGCGGACCCGGUUGUGGAGCUUCUCAGUUCGGCAACUGAGGAAGGCCAGAAAGUGUUGAGGAAUGACGGGCAGACUUUUAGGGCGGUUUAUAGACGGAUUGCGUCUUGA